AUGGCGAUCCACAAGAUCCUCUUCGCUUCACUUCUCCUGUGCUUACUGAUCCAAACCAGUCUUGGGGCUACCAAAGAAAGGCUCUUCUCCGAACUGAGGAAAGAUGCACUUGAGGUCACCGCUAAACCCAGCAAAGAAGGAGUUUUGGCAGCCGGAAAGGACAUAGUGAGCAUUUCAUGGAAGCUAAGCUCGACGGCAUCGGAUGCUGACUUUAAGACCAUUAAAGUGAAGCUAUGCUACGCUCCGCCCAGCCAAGUGGACCGACCAUGGCGCAAGACCCAUGACGAGCUCUUCAAGGACAAGACUUGCCCACACAAGAUCGUGGCCAAGCCCUACGACAAGACCGCUCAAUCAAUCGAGUACACUUUAGCAAAGGACAUCCCCACGGGGACAUACUUCGUUCGUGCCUACGCCGUUGACGAAAAGGACCAUGAAGUUGCCUUUGGACAGAGCACCGACGCCACGAAGAAGAACAAUCUCUUCAGCGUUCAGGCUAUCAGUGGCCGACACGCGUCCCUAGACAUUGCCUCCAUCUGCUUCAGCGUCUUCUCCGUCUUGGCUCUCGUUUUCUUCUUUGUCAACGAGAAGAGGAAGGCCAGAAUAGAGCAAAGGAAAUGA